AUGCAAUUUUUCAGUAUCAGUGCAGAAAAUGGAAACCUCUAUGUGAAAGAAAGGAUAGAUCGAGAAGUAAUAUGUGGCAAAACUCCACUUUGUCUUCUGGAUUUUGAAGUUGUGGUUGAAAACCCUUUGAAUGUUUUCCAUAUAGCCAUAACAAUCCAAGAUAUUAAUGAUAAUGCACCAUAUUUCUUAAACGAGAAUAUCAAAUUAGAAAUAAUAGAAACCACUUUACCUGGGACUCGAUUUCUCCUUGGGAAAGCUGAGGAUCCUGACAUUGGGAUAAACUCUCUUCAGAAUUACCAGAUAACCUCCAGUCAAUCCUUCACUCUGGAAAUCAGAGAGAGAGAAGAUGGAAAUAAAUAUGCAGAACUGGUGCUCCUGAAACCACUUGAUCGGGAAAGUGAACAAACUAUUCAUUUAAUCCUUACAGCCCUGGAUGGGGAUGAACCUAAAAAAUCCGGAACUGCUCAAAUAUGGAUAAAUAUCACUGAUGCCAAUGAUAACCCACCCAUUUUCUCCCAAGAAAGCUAUAAGAUCAAAUUGCAGGAGAAAGUUCCUGUUGGGUCCCUUGUGCUCCAAGUAGCGGCAUUGGAUAAGGAUGAGGGUACCAAUGCUCAAAUCAGAUACCAUUUCAGCAACAUACCAGAAAGUGUCCGUUCAAAAUUACAUUUGAACCCAGUUAAUGGGGAAAUCACUCUAACUGAGCCAUUGGACUUUGAAGAAGCUGAAGAGUAUACAAUACUGGUAGCAGCAAGAGAUGGUGGUGGACUCGAGACACACUGCAAUAUUGAAAUCAAGGUUAUUGAUGAGAAUGACAAUGACCCACAGGUAACACUUGUUUCUUUGUUCAGUCCAGUCUCAGAAGAUUCUCAUCCUGGGACCUUAAUUGCUCUGAUCAAUGUAAAUGACAAAGAUGCUGGCAAUAAUGGAAAAGUUGUUUGCUAUUUACAGGAUGAUUUGCCUUUUAAGCUUGUUUUGGCAUCUAAUAAUUACUACAAACUACUGACAGACAGUCCACUAGACAGGGAAAAGACACCUGAGUAUAACAUUACAGUCAUAGCCACUGACAGAGGAACUCCUCCUCUUUCCACGCAGAAAAUUAUCUCCCUAAUGAUCUCUGAUAUCAAUGACAAUGCUCCUGCUUUUGAGAAAUCUUCCAACAACCUCUAUGUGCCAGAAAAUAGCCCUUCUGGUGCCUCCAUUUUUACAAUUAAAGCAUCUGAUCCAGAUGUGGCUCAGAAUGCAAAGAUCACCUACUCCAUUCUCAGCAGCAACAUUCAGGACCUUCCCAUCUCUUCCUAUAUCUCCAUUAACUCUGAGACUGGCACCAUCUAUGCCCAGCGAUCCUUUGACUAUGAACAAUUCAGAGAGUUCCAGCUCCAAGUGAAGGCCCAAGAUGGAGGAUCUCCUCCUCUUUGCAGCAAUGCCACCCUCAGGGUGUUUAUUCUGGACCGCAAUGAUAACACUCCUCGUAUCCUCUCCCCUUCCUCAGAAGCCAAGGGCUCCACUUCAUUUGAGAUGGUGCCUCGUUCUGCUGAGGAAGAUUAUCUAGUCACAAAGGUGGUGGCUGUUGAUGCUGAUUCUGGACACAAUGCCUGGCUCUCCUACCAUCUGGUCCAGGCCACUGAGCCAGCCCUCUUCACCAUUGGUUCUCAUACUGGAGAGAUCAGGACAGCCAGGGCCUUUGUGGAGAGAGAUGCUGUGAAACAGAGGCUGGUGGUUGUGGUGAAGGACAACGGACAGCCUCCUCUCUCAGCCACCAUUACUUUGAACUUGGUGUUUGCAGAGAACUUCCAGGAGGCCCUUCCGGAAAUGAAAAACCUGCCAAGGGACUCAGAGGCUCAGUCUGAUCUCCAAUUCUAUUUAGUGCUGGCUUUAGCUCUGAUCUCCUUCUUAUUCCUCUUGACGGUAAUUCUGGCCAUUACAAUGAAGCUCCGGAGGUCAGGGAAUCCAAAAUUCCUGCAGUGUUUUGGCCCUGUUCCCCAUUCAACAGCAGGUGCCAUGUUUCCCCCUAAUUUCGAAGAUGGGACUUUGCCUUAUUCUUACCAGUUUUGCCUCUCCUCAGAGUCCCAGAGGAAUGAAUUUACUUUUCUUGCUCCCAGUGUUCAAAUUGCAGACAAUUUUCUUGGUAGUGAGAAGUCUGGUGUGCCUUUCACAGACAGUGGAGUAAGCCCUAUAAACCCAGAGGAGAAUAAUAGUAAAAAGGUAAGUGUGUUUGUCAAGAAUAUUUUAUGUUUCAUACUAUCAUCCUUUACUCAUGCUGGCAGUGCAAGGUUAGAUCAGGCUGUAUUAAACAGCAAAAGAUGUUCAACAGCUUAA